AUGGAUACGAGCCGCGUGCAGCCCAUCAAACUGGCCCGGGUGCGAGCGAGCGGGGCCGGGCUGGGCCCGAGGGGUCGCUGUCAGGUUCGUGUUGAAUUCAUGGACGACACCAGUAGAUCCAUCAUCCGGAACGUAAAGGGGCCUGUCCGUGAGGGGGAUGUCCUGACGUUGCUGGAAUCUGAGCGUGAAGCAAGGCGAUUACGCUGAUCUACAUGCUACAGCUCGAUGGCAAGCCUGAUGCGACUACCAUUUCUGAUUUCCUGUAAUGAAGAGGCGACAGUUCAUACCUACUCCGCUUGACUUAGUGAAGAGGAAUGUUGUGUUUCAGAGACUAAAAUAAAGGAUUUUUUUCCAGUAA